UGGUCAGUUCAAGGCUAAAACGGCUGUUUUGCUUUCAGUAAUAUUUAACUGGCUAGUUUUGGCCACAUCCCACAGUAGUCCCACAAACUGCUAUUAUAUUGACUGUGGGAAACAUGAUCUCUGUUCCAGCUCUCUGGAAUUCUGGAUAACCCAUCCUGGAAUACUUAAGAACAAUGGCCUGACUGUUUCUCUGGCAAUAUGCAUGGACACAUCCUCCAGCUGUGUCUAAUCCAAGCUGUAGCCUCUUUUAUCCAUCUAGAACCCAAGAACGCCACUGUGUUGCGAGGCAGUGAGGUCCACUUUAACUGCAGCACUGAUGAAUCCUGGGAUGUCAUGACGUGGCUGUUGGGUGGAAGGACAAUCCUCUCUAUCUCUGUGGAGCAUGGUCCUCUGGGCAGAGAUGAGGGAGUGUCGACAGUCAAUCACUCCAUGUCAUCUGUCUCAGUGUGGGAGUUAGUUCUGAUGAACGCCUCUUUCAGCCCUACAGUUCAAGAGGUCACAUGUGAACUGCUGCCUACGAAACUCGGCAGAUCAUCAUCGGACCUGUUUGUACAAGAAAAGGGAAAUGUCAGGAUUUUGGAGGGUGACCUGUCAGUUCAAGAAGGAAUGCUUGUCACCUUCCAUUGCCAAGCAAUUGGCUGGUAUCCGAGCCCUUCAGUGUCCUGGCUGGUCAACACCACCACUGUGGACAGAGGCGACUACAACACCAGCAGUCUUCAGGACCCCAGCGGCCUUUUCAACUCCAGCAGUGUGCUUCAGAUAAAAGCAGAGGCAAGCAUCACAGUGGAGUGUUGGGCGUCUGUGUCUGCCGCUCUAGCCCACCAAACCAGCAGAGUCAAUCUGACUGUAGUGGCACCGCAAACUACAGAGGACUACACAGUUGUGAUCGCCGUGAUAGUGUCAGUGUGUACGAUCAUUCUGCUGGCAGUGCUCAUCCUCAUCUUGUGCUAUAGAAAAAAACUGACAAAAUUGAGCUCUGAAAAUAAAGUCAGCUCCUCUUUAUGGACUUUAAGCAGUGAGAGGAGGUGCGUUGCUGAUGAAACCAGAGGAAACGUGAACCCAGGAUACAACGCUGAAGACGUAACAAGUUCAGGACACAGUGACCUCAGGAAUAGAGCUGACAGCACGAUACACAUCAUCAGCCCUCCACGGGUUCCCGAUAUUGUCAUUUUCAGCUAUCAAAAUCAUAAAGAGGAAGAUGUUUCGAACUUGUACUGCAAUGAAGCAAAGAAGACAGUCCGAAGGGUCACUACUGUUUGACCUCAGGGUCAACCCAUUGCAAGCAAGGCUGUUUACAUACUGCUGUUUUGGACCAGCUUUCUGUUCAGUGAGAAGCCACAAAUUCAAUCUGACCUUACUGUUACUCUACAGAGGUCAUAUCUGCUGAAGAUUCACUGGCUGGCAUGUCAAGAGGACUGGGACAUAUGACAUAAUCAUAUGAGCCCUGCGGUGAUGUCAACUGCAUGCAAACAUUGUCAUUAGCAUUAGCAUUAUGUAAUUAUUUAGCAUUAUUUUUCAAUUGGAAUAUUUUAUAAAUUAUUUUUGUGGAUCAACAUUUUACACAAUAAUGCACAUCAGAAUUGAUAACGGUAUUGGCAUUUUUUUUUUUUCGAAAAGAAAAUAAGUGUUAUAGUCCGUAUACUGUACUUCACAUAUUGAAUGGUAUACUGCGUAAAAACCUUGCGUAUUCCCCCCAAAAAAAUUCUCAGAUGGUUUAGCGUUCAAAUUAGGAGAAAUGUGCGAUUUUCUUUCUCGUGUUUUUCUGGCUGUGUGUCAGUCAUGGAUGGCAACUCCUGAAUAAAUUAGGGACACCCUCAGUAAGUCACACAAAGCUGUUGUGAUAUGAGAGGGCGAUAACAUAACCCUUUUGUUUUUGUUUGGGUCUCCAGACCAGUGUUAUCUUUCCUAGACCUGCUUGUGUUACUAAGGUUUUCAUUUGCCAUUCACAAGUGGUGGAUUGAUGUCAGGGUCAAGCAGACUGUUUCUCUGGGGUGAUUUACACAGGCCACUGUUUGUCUUUCAAAGACUUCUGCAUCAUUGCUUCUGAAGUCUGUUUCUCUUCUCUCUCCCGCUCUCUUCUUGUUUUGGCAUUUCCCACAGAGGAUGUCUUGAUUGCCUCGCUCUGUUCUGAGAAAAUGUUGUUGCAAGGCAGUAUUUGAGACAUGUUAGAUAACAAAUGUGGUAUUCUUCUACAAAUUUUCUGUAAUCGUUUUGUGAAAGUGUAAUUUGUUCCCUAUUCCAUUUUAAUAUGCAUCCAUUUGUAGAAAACAUUUAAAAAAAAAUCUUUUUAAAGGAUUAAAAAAAAAAAAAAAAAAAAAAAAGACAUUCAUGAUAUCACAUUUGCAUCUAAUGAUUCCAUAUACUAAUGUACAGUGAAUGUUACAGUGUGUCACAUUUUUGCUAUAUCUGGCACAUACAGCAUUAGAAGCAGGCACUGGCUGCAAUCAUGUAAAUGAAAGCAUCUAAUCAUGAGCAUAAAUAUUUAUUCAUGCAUAUUAGAGCCCAGCCACCGCAUAAAGGUUUUCGCCUCCAAACAAUGAUUCAGUCUUUAUGUAAUUGACCUCAGCUGAAUGAACCCUUUUGGAAUCAGUCACGGUACUUUGAAACAAUUGCAGCCUACUUUGUGCCGCGCGAUUCACUGCAACGCUGAUGAAUAACUUAGCAUGUCUUCUCUGUGAUUGAAAUGCAAUCUACUCUAGUGCGUCCUUACAACAGGGCAUUUAAGUGCUUCCAAAGUCAGUUAGGUGCCACUGUAUUAAGUGACUGGCCAUCAAAGGGAAUUGGAGACAGGAGCUCUUGACGUGGUGCUGUUAGCAUAAUUAAGGCCAACCUAAUUAGCAGAUUUGUGCCUCUUAAAAACUGAUGAGAUGAGUAGGAAAUGCAGAACAGCUUUACAAUUGAGAUCUAUAGUGUUCUCUUUCAUGUGGGAGUGGGAGAAGUUCAGAGAAUGACCACCAUGUGAAUUCAGGAUAACAGCAGAACACUUGAAGCCUUGUUUCGCUUCCCAAAGUGAACAGCCCUGUCUCACUAAAUACACUUCAAGUAACCCAGAGUUUCAUCACAGUGAAUGCGUACCGACAAAUCCAAACCAACAGUAACUUUGCUGGGGGACAAAUGUUCUUCCUUGAAGCUUGAGGUAUGAAACUCAACACGUUUGCGCCAAUUACUCAUGCAGGCUCAAAAAUGUAUACUCAGCGUGUGACAAAAAUAAAAAUAGGCUUUGCCAACAAAAUAAUACAAAGUUCCUAGCUAGAGUUCCUGGAGGGCCAAUGUCCUGCAGAGUUGGGCUCCAACCUGUUCCAACACACUGGUCUGGAAGUUUCUACUAGUAAUCUUGAAGACCUUGAUUAGCUGGUUCAGUUGUGUUUAGUGAAAGGGGACAUAUCAUGAAAAUCUGACUUUUUCCGUGUUUAAGUGCUAUAAUCGGGUCCCCGGUGCAACUACCAACCCAGAAGACGUGAAAAAGGACAACCCAGUAACUUUGUUUUGGUAAGCCUUUCUCUGCAAGCAUGUGAAAAAACAAGCCACUCAGAUUUCGCUCCCCUAUUGACGUAAGAAGGGGAUCUUACUGUAAUAUAACCACCCCUUAAUCUGUAUGUUUCCACCUACAGUGCCACCAUUUUGUUUUUGGAAGCAACAACGGUGUACCAGUUCUAAUGCCAUGGCAAAUGUUUGAGUGUUGUUAGUAGAGUUUUGCUGCCAUGUUGUCAUUUUACGCUGGACUGCUUCACAAAUUCAAUGCUGGAUUUGCACAAAAGAUUAACAUGAUGGCACAUGCUAGUUGAUGAGUUGAAUCAACUCCACAGAAACUACAUAAAUUUAUCCACUAACCAUUCAGAAACAUCCAGUGUCAUUCUAAAAGUUGUAACUUCUUCCUGAGUCUCUCCAUCAGUGUCGACUCCGAUUUGAACAAUGUAAGGCUGAACACUGUUACUGACAAUCCUCAUUUUGGCUGCGUGAGAUUCUCCAGCUUUGUUGUUGUUGAGCAACCGAAGCACAAGCUGUUAAAGCUCCGCCCUCUUCUGGAAAGGGGGCCGGGAGCAGCAGCUCAUUUGCAUUUAAAGGGACACACUAAAAAAUGUUUUUUGCUCACACCAAAAAUAGGGGCAAAUUUGACAAGUUAUAAUAAAUGAUCUGUGGGGUAUUUUGAGCUGAAACUUCAGACACAUUCUGUGGACAACAGAGACUUAUAUUACAGUCCAUCUUGUGAAAAGGGUUAUGACUGAUCCCCUUUAAGAUUUGAGCUAAAGGUGUGUUCAUGUUGGAUUUACGUAAUUACAAAAUUCUGACUUGAAAAAGUGUUUGUCAAUGUAGAACUUGUAAUUAUGGAAUUUUCUGAGAGCUUCGACUUGACCACUGCAACGUCAUGCAGGAACAAAAUGUCAGCGCUUCAGCAGUAAAAUAUAGUUAAGAACUUAUAUUUGAUUGACUAUUGGUAAUGUCUUAAUGCAAGAAUAAUCUGAAUUAAAAAAUGAAAGACAUACAAUACAGUUUAAUGUAGUUAGCACAAAGCUUAAUAACUUCUGACCUGUUAAAUAAAUGUAUAAGUUUAUUAAUAAGUAAUUUGCAUAAAGACUUACUUGUUGUAUUGUG